UCAAAGCAAGGAUGUUCUACCCUGAUGUGUGUGUUUAUAGGCGUUUCUGAUAGUUAGAGAGAAUUUGCACGCUAAUAAUCGUUUGAUUUUAUAUCCAUGAUAAUCGCUUAUUAUUCAAAAAGUUUGUUUUAUGUGGAACUGUAAGAUGUUAUAAAUAGCGUAAUGACUUUAAUGUUAUAUGCAACUCUCAAAAUGUUUAUUUUCUAGCGAAAUGCUUUUAUUCUCAACAAGGCAACUAAGUUUUUCCAGGCUUUUAUGGUUAUUUAUGAGGAUGGGAAGGAUUAUAUGAUAAAAGCAUCCUCGUAGAAAUGGGAAAAUGGGAGUUGACAAUGGAGCCUGUUCAGGAGUGGGGUGAGGAGCAUGAAGAUGGGGCGGUGUUUGGGAUCACCCUGCGCAGAGAGCCGGUUCAGCAGUCGGCCGAUCCUACAGAGGCCUUCGUUCAGUACCGAACAUGUAAAGUACGCAGGUUAAAAGCGGCUACGCUGGACAAGCUGGUCUCUCACCUUCUGGACCCCUGCUGUCAGGAGCAAGACUAUGGCAGGAUACUGCUGUCCACGUAUCGCACCUUCACUAGCUCCAACAAACUCAUCGAGAUGCUCCUCCAGAGGGACAACCUGGCCUCUGCGCUUGACAGCACCAAUUACCCUAACAGCUCUUUGUGGACUGUGCUUCAGAUGUGGUUGGAGGAGUACAGUGAUGAUUUGAGGGAUGCUCCCAUGCACUCGUCCCUGCGUCUCAUGUGCUUACAGCUGAGAGGACACCCCGCUUUCUUCCCCCUGGCCAAGCACUAUGAAACGCUCCUUAAGAACUUCCAGGCUGAAGGUGGUCCAGUUGAUCAAAUAGAAGAAUCAGCCUUGAAUAAAGGGGUCUAUGAGGCAGAUAUCCUGGCAGAUUUCAUGGGUUUCUCUGUUACGGGUGUUGCUGAACAGCUCACGCGAAUGGACGCUGACCUGUUUAUGAAGGUGGUCCCUUUCCAGUGUCUGGGCUGUGUGUGGUCUCAACGGGACAAGAAGGAGAACCUCUCACCCACUAUUUGGGCCACCAUCGCCCAGUUCAAUGCGGUCACCAACUGGGUCAUCACUUCUCUGCUUCGAUCCUCGUCGUCUGUCACGCAAAGAGCCAGAGUCAUUGAGAAAUGGGUUGGGAUUGCACAGGUGUGCAGAGAGCUGAAGAACUUCUCUUCUGUUAAGGCCAUUUUGUCUGCGCUUCAGUCCAACCCCAUCUAUAGAUUAAGGAAGACAUGGGCUGCUGUCAGCAGAGAGGCCAUGUCUGUCUUUGGGAACCUGUGUGAAACGUUCCCAGAUGAGAACUGUGUUCUGACCAGCCGAGAAAUCUUUGUGGAUGAUGGGAGUCAAACUGACAUGGAUAACACUACCACAAAAACAUCCAAGAGAUGCCCUCUAACGAAACAGAUGAGCUCAGCUGGAGGGACGGUUCCAUAUCUGGGGACAUACCUUACAGUACUGACCAUGCUGGACACUGCCCUACCGGACACUGUGGAGGGUGGCCUCAUUCAUUUUGAAAAGAGGAGACGGGAAUAUGAGAUUUUAAGGCAGAUCCGUCAGCUGCAGGCAUUGUGUUCCCAGUAUGUUUUACCUCAUCAUCCACAGAUUGCUGCCUGGCUACAGAGUCAGAAACUGCUGUCGGAUCAGGAAAGCUAUGAAUUUUCCAGACGGCUGGAGACUCCUCAUGACACUUCUCCAUCCAACAGCGGUUGGAGGCACCGAACUCUCGCCAAAAAGCUCUCAUCGCUCUUAUCAGGUAACGAGGGGUCCAAAAAGAACGCAGACCAGAUCAGUGUGUCCUCGGCAGGAUCCAGCGGCUCUGAAAUUGAGGAAAUAUCCGCUUCUCAAUCAGCGUCUUUUAUAGCACCGUCUCUUUCCAGCUGUGGUCAGAACACUGAGGCUUUUCCCUUGUCUUCCUCUCCUGAUUCCUCCACCAUGUCUAGUUCAUCCUCCAGCUCUCAGCAGGACCUCAACCUGAAUCCAUCUUCCUCCUCCUCCUCUUCAGCGUCAGCUGACCCGCACCUGGUCUCCUCUCACAAGCGCUCGGUCUCUAUGACCUCCCUGCCCUUCUACAACAGACAGGUGGACGACUCGUGCAUCAUCAGGGUCAGCGUGGAGUUCUGCAACAAUGGAAACAUGUACAAGAGCAUACUGUUGACCAGUCAGGAUAAGACGGUCCAGGUGAUCCAGAGAGCGCUGCAAAAACACAACCUGGAGGAUGUUAGUGAGCAGAACUUCACCCUCGUACAAGUUCUGGCCCAAGGCAGAGAGUUGCAUAUUCCAGAAAAGGCCAACGUAUAUUAUGCCAUGUCUACAUCAGCCAACUACGACUUCGUUCUACGUCGAUGCCCAAAAGGCCAGCGGAAACAACUCAUACGCUCUGUUUCACUGUCAUCAGGACGAGCCACAAAAUAACAGCGAAUUCAGCUUUGAUUCUGGAGGAAUCAUAUUUAAUGCAACAGUUAUUGAAAACUGUCAAGACAUGUCAUCCAGACACAAAUGGAGAUGUCUGAGAUUGAAAGCAAGUCAUUUAAAGAAAAGAAAAAACAGCAUUCGCAAGCUAUAUUUCUGGGUGAAACAGGAUACUUAGUUAAUGAGCUUCAAAGGAAUAGUUCAACCAAAAAUGAACAUUUGCUCACCCUCAGGU